AUGUCAAUACCGUCCAGAUUAUUACCUCGGCUACGACCCUUAAUACCCUCACGAAGCAUCGUCAGCGCCGCACCGAGACACAUAGAAGAUUGGCCGCAACGCAGUUCUCUUGGCCCAUACUACGAAGUAAUUCUCAACAACCCGUCCCACAUCCCAAUCGACAAACCAGAAGUCCCUCCCAAAACAGCAGACCCCUCGGUGCAAUCAGAGUUUCCCACCAAAACCGCUGUGCAAACACCAGAAGAAAAAGCACGUUUAGUUUUUGGCUCACGCCUCUUCGGCUCCGCAGAGAAAGACGAGCGCUUAGCAGCACGAAAAGCAAAAGCCACAUACAUUGCCGGCGUUCUCGUCCCGCCUAAGCCCGUUGAACCGGAUAACUGCUGCAUGAGCGGCUGUGUGAACUGCGUGUAUGACCAGUACCGCGAUGAACUGGAGGAGUGGCAGCUCAAGAACGCAGAGGCACAAGCUGCGCUGAGAAAACACGAGGGGUCUAUGGACUCGGACGGUGGAGGGUCGGAGUCGAAUUGGGUUGCGCCAGAGGUUGGCAAGGCCAAGAUAGCGAAGGACUUUUGGGACGAGGAGCUGUACGCGGAUUUGCCAGUUGGGAUUAGAGAGUUUAUGAAGACGGAGAAGCUUUUGAAGAAGAGGCAUGAGAGUGAGGGCACCAAGGAGAGCUGA